AAAAUCCAAGGCAAUCACAGCACAGGACUAAAGUUUAGAGCAGCGAUAUGCAGACAGGGACAGAACACACAGCGCACUUUCCCUAAGACUUUCCAUCCGCUGCUCUGCCUGUGCGACUGGUCCAGAAGUGUGUCUGAAAGUGAGAUAGAGGCUGCACGGAGGGGAACAUAAAGGAGGCGACGGACGGAGGCGCUUCAGCCAGGAAAAAAGAAGUGCUGUGAGAAAGAAAACCGUCUCUCUCUCUUUCCUUCUCUCUCUCUCUUUCUCACACACACACACACACACACACACACAGUCAGCCGCGCCCGGAUCACAUCCUACAUCCUCCCUGCUGCUCCUCUGCUAUAGCAUGGCCAGUUCGAGUAAAGCGACUUUAAUCUUGCUCGUCUACGGAAUCCUAAUGCACUACAGCGUCUUCUGCACGCCUAUCGGACUAAGUUACCCUAAGAUUAGACUUGAAAACGACGCCUUCGAUGAGGAUGGGAAUUCAUUAUCCGACCUGGGUUUCGAUAGCGAUCAGAUUGCUAUACGAAGCCCUCCAUCCCUAAACGACGACGCGUACACUCUCUACUACCCGCCAGAGAUAAAGAGACCAGAAAGGCAUGCUGAGGAAGAAUUAGAUAGAGCCUUGAGGGAGAUCCUGGGUCAGUUAACUGCGAGACAUUAUCUGCAUUCUCUGAUGACAAUUCGUGCAGGUGAAGACAACAGCAUGGAGGAAGAGUCAGAGCCCCUAUCCAAAAGACACUCAGAUGGGAUCUUCACCGACAGCUACAGCCGCUAUAGAAAGCAGAUGGCCGUGCAGAAAUACCUGGCAGCGGUGCUGGGGAGAAGGUACAGACAGAGAGUUAGGAACAAAGGACGCCGGCUUGCCUAUUUGUAGCGUCUUUAACGCGCCCAAACUGCCCUCCCUCCUGUGUAUAUACACCCAGUCGUUAAAUCAAAGUCAUUCAGAUAUAUCUGACCAACCAGUGGAUUGCGCCUGUGUUCUUUCAACAUGUAUUUAUGUAUGAAGUAAAGCCAUUAAAAUGAAUAUUUUAAUAAUAAUAUCGUUUUUUUUUCUUUUUGUACAAAAGCACUUGAUACCCGCACAGUUGUGGACCAAUAUUUUAUUUUCAUGUUUAAGAUGUUGAAAAAAAAACAAAACAAAAAAAUGACAAAAAAAAAGAAGAAGAAGAAAUUAGAAAAAAAUAAAAAAUAAUAAUUGUGCACCUUCAAACAUUAUGCGCUUGAAAUCUUUAAAGGUCAUCUACAUAUGCAGAAAAAUAAAAUAGAUUCUAAAAAGACAAUCAAAGUAUUGAAUGUUAUACUUAUUUUUGUAACUAUUUUUUUAGUGGUGUUUUGUUUUCCGAAACAGGCCCAAAGAAGCAGUGAGCAUGCUAUGUGAGAGGCAUAACUAUGGCUAAAAUGAUAGAUGUUGCCCUUGUCCUUUACCCUCCUCUUCCUCCUCCUCCUCCUCCUUCUCCUCCUCCUCCUUAAUGGGAGCUCUGUAUACAGCUUGCUGCCCCUCCAGGGGAAUCCACAUGGCUUUUGUUGAACAGCCUCACAUUUGAUGGAAAAACUGAUUGACUUACACGGCCAUUCAUGUAACUGGUGGUAAAAUCUGACCCUCUUUUUAACCAGAAAUUUAAUUGCAGGCUUUUGCAAAGGGCGUUAUUGCCUUUACUAGAGAUAAAGGAGGCACUCAAGUUAACAGUAUGCGGCAAACACUGCCUGCUCACUCGCCUCAAAGUCAUUCACUGUAGGGAGAUCAAACCGUGCUCGAUAGGACUGUGUUUAAAGAAUGUUCCAUAUGUGUGUGUAUUAUGUACAGUAUAGGAAUUAACACAGUGCACAUAUUCAUCUCAAUGUUGUCAGUCAACAGAUUAUAUUUGGAAGAAUGUGCUUCAACUGUUGAUUGUAUAUUUGGGCAGCAAAACUACAAAAUAUCCAGAAUUGGACCCAGAACAUGUAAAAGAUGCAAGGAAAUGACGCAUUUGUUUUGUGAGCAGAGGAAAGGUAGCAUCUGAGUUAGGAAUAUUUAACUCUUGUUUCUUAUUUAUUGGUGCAUGUGGAAACUGAUACCUUGCUGAUUUUGCUUAGAAACUGCAUGCCAUCGUGUGCUUUUUGUUGGAUUGUGCUAUUUGGGAGGUGGGCAGCACCCCUCAGAUGUGUUGGAAAUGUGAACAAGGAGGGCUAGAGGUGGUAGAAACUGGUACUGCACUGACUUGUUGAAUCUUUACCUCCCCUGCUGCUGUCAUUGUGGAUAUCAUAAGUCAAGAAGACACUGGACCACCCCCCACCCCCUCCAAUCCCCUCUAUUUGCUGAUUGUCCUGGUAGCGUUUUUUUGAAAAAAAAAAGAUUAUUUUGCUUCUAGCUCGCCGUGCUAAAUAGUUGAUUUGACAGUGCUGUGAUUCAUUGUUGAGACGAAGCUGAUCCGUGUUAGAUGUCUGCCGAGGUUUGUGCAGUGAGGAUGUGAUAAAGAGAUGGUGAGAGAGAGAGAGAGAGGUGUGCAUGGAGAGGAAGACAAAGAGACAAUGUGUGUGAGAAGUUACAUAAGAAGCCUGAGCGAGGUUGUCACACCUGGAUACAGGAAGAGGCGAAAGCGCCGCCACCACCUCUUCUUCACCUGCCAAAGUGACAUCAGGGUCAAUGAGUCUGAUGGAAAAACAUCAGAUGUUGAAUUCCCUUCACUUUGGCAUCAGCAGUGAGUGAAGCUGGAGGCCACUCUUGAAUGGAGGUGAAUGAAAUCCAGCCCUCCAAGCAGAGGGAUCUUCUUCCCACUGACUUUUUAUUAGGGAGACAUCUUAUGUAUUUAUUCAAGAUUAUGCAAAAUGCAGCUUUAUGCACCUCUGCAUCCCAAUCAGUUAGCCUGUGUUCCCCCCAUGGAAACUAUCAAUACACUUCAAUUCGGCUUAUACAGGCUUUGUGUGAAUGUGUGCGGAUGUGUAGAUGUUUGCAUUAUUGGUUGUGUUUGAGUGCAUUUAAUGUGUGUGAAUGAGCGACUGAACGUGAAGGUGGAAACAGCUUUUGGCUUUGGUGCCUUGCUUCGACGUGAGACUAUAUAUAAAAAAAAAAAAAGAACUACAAAAAAAAAAGAAAUUCGCCACAAGUGAGAGAUGGCAAAUUUUAGUGGCCCUACAAUGCUGCAGUCCAUUAGCUUACAUUGAAACUUCCUUUGACUCUGUUUAAUCGCUGAGCUUAGUCUGCCCCGAGAGUAGUAGUAGUAGAAUUAGGCUUUCUUUUAAAGCAUGGCCAAUGAUUUAUGGAGUAUAAAAAUAUAUAUAUAUAAAAGAAAAGAAUGUAUAUGUUGAUGGAGCAGGCGAUGUGUGUGUGUGUGUGUGUGUGUGGGCAUGAGUGUGGGGUGUUCAGUGUCUGUGAGAGUUGUGGACAAUGACCAGUGGUUGUUACUGUUGAUUAUGGGGUGUUGUUGAUUAUUUUGAUAUCAGUCAGUAAUUUAUUAAUCAGAUAAACAAGCCCCGCCAUAUUAUUUACGACUCUGUGCAUCACUAUUUAGAAUAAAAGGGUUUCAGAAACAUGAUAUUGAGAUGGUAGGAAAUGCCUGUUGUUGAUAUUUCUGAAAGCGCCAAACGCCUUACUUCAAUGUUUAAUCUCUUAUCUAUCUGAUGUGUUUUAAAAGUGAACCUUAGUACCAAGUGGCAUCGUUAUACACACAGGAGUCCUUAUAUGGGGUUUUACGUUUCUCAAUGUUAUGGAAGUGUUGUAAGAUUUGUAUGAAUAAAUUUUUGUAAACAACAA